UCCGCUGUGUCGUCGCCGUCGAUCGGCAGUCGGUCGGUCGGCGGUCCAGUUCCGCCUGUCGGCACCGACAGAGGUCAGUGGGACCCGUGCACGCCCCGGCUCCGGUCAGGUCAGGGUGGAGGGCGCCGGCCGACCGUCCUGCCUCCUUUCUCUCCGGUGCCCCGGUUGUUUGGCAGAGUGCUGAUGGCGCCGCUCUCGGCUCACCUUGGAAGGCCGGCCGCGGCGGGAGCCGGCGUGUAAAAGGCGCGCCGGCUCCGGCGGCGGGCAGUCGUCAACGGACCGCUGACAGUGAGACCAUGGCGUGCCGCGUGCUGCUGCUGAUCGUGCUGCUCGGAGUGACCGCCCACCUGACCGAGGCCCGCUGUGGCAGGAAGAGUCAAAAUGUGAAGGUGGACAACUGCACGGGGAAGGUGUGCACGCUGCCGAAGGGAGGCAACACCGGCAUCACCAUCCGCUUCAGGCCAGAUAAGCCGUACGACCGUCUGAAGGCCAAGGUGACCGGUGUUCUGGGCGGCAUUCGCGUGCCGUUCGCCGGGGUGCCGUCGGACGCGUGCAGCGGCCUCCAGCAGGGCGCCUGUCCCGUCCAGCCCGGCCAGGAGUACGUCUACCGCGCCGACAUCCCCGUCUCCAGGGCCUACCCCAGCAUCAGCGCAAAGGUCGAGUUCCUUCUGGUGGAUGCCGAGACGGACGAGUCGGUGGCCUGCAGCCUGAUCCGAGUGAGAAUUCGCUAAGUGUCGUUUGGAGAUGCUCCAGAGACAGUUACGGAGACUGAGACAGCCACAGGGACUGAGACAGGUGCUCCUCCCCUCCACGGGCACGGCCAGGGGACAGUGUGAGGUCAGCUCAGUGCCAGCAGUGCGCAGUGCGGGCUGUUCCUCACACAGCCCCAUGCACGUGGACUCCCCUGACAGUCAGUGAAGUCGGGGCGACUCCUCUUGCUGUCGUCAACCGGGUCGCGAUCUGAUCACGGAUCCACCGGCCGUUGACCGGAAUGCUGUACUCGUGUGGUGAAUGUCAUUACACGCCGCUGCGCGCCUCCGAGAUGCUAUCUAUGCGACCAUGUCACAGGCGGCGAGUAGCAGUGUGUGCGCGAGGGCGAGCCUGCUGGACGGGAGCCGAAUCCUGAAGAAACAUGUACCACAACAGGGCUAUCUUGUGUCACCAAGAGUCAUCUUGCAGCUGCAUGCACACGUGAAAAUUAUAGCGAACAGGCUUCUAUAGGUACACAUAUUGAUGAUUCGGUAAACCCACGAAUAAAAUGUUGAGGUCUUUGGACGUUGAAAGCAGUUCCCAGUAAAGUCAUGGGCGGCCACACGCCGAAAUGCAUGCUAAAACAUUCAGCAUUGUGGCAGCUACAUUGUGUAGAUUCAGCAUUGUGUGAUCUUACCGGGUGCCGUAUAGAUCACGUCGAGGUGUUCGCACAGCUGUUGCGUUUUAAUUAUGCUACAAUGCUGCGUUUCAGGAAAAUGUUUUCUUUUUACAAGCGUUUCAUGUUUGUUCUUUCUCCCAGUGUGGUGUCACAAUGCAUAAUUUGUGAGUUAAAAUGUAUUUGUGCUUACAAGCUCUAAAACGACGAGAGACCAUAUCAUUUUUAUAAUGACCGCCGACCGGUACGCUAAAUUACCUGGCUACCGUUUGUGAUACAAUCGAUCGUGUUACCCCAAUGUUUUAUGAAUCUGGCAUGUGGUUCUAAAGAGGCGAAGAAUCGCAACUCAUGCACCGGUAGGCGGCAAAAGCGAGCGUUGUGACAUGCGUACGUUGUGUAAAUGUUUGUUAUGUGCUAAUAAACUUCAAUUAAAUCGUU